AGAUGUUGCCGCUCACACCCAUGGCAGGGACCUGGGAACUGCUGUCCAGUGAGGGGGAGGGGCUGGUGCUUCUUGAUUCCAGAUUCCCCAGAUCUGACUCCAGAUCGGGCUGGUGUCGGAGACUCGAUGCCGGUUGGGAUGGCCACCGGCUGGGGGAGCCUCUUGCAGGAUGAACAGCAGCUGGAGGAGCUAGCGAGGCAGGCUGUGGACCGGGCCCUGGCUGAGGGUGUGUUGCUGAGGACCUCACAGGCACCCAGCUCCUCUCAUGUGGUGAGCUAUGCUCCAUUCACACUCUUCCCUUCACCAGUCCCGAGUGCCCUGCUGGAGCAGGCCUAUGCUGUGCAGGUGGACUUCAACCUCCUGGUGGAUGCGGUCAGCCAAAAUGCUGUCUUUCUGGAGCAGACUCUCUCCAGCACCAUCAAAAGAGACAGCUUUACUGCUCGUCUCUUUGACAUCCACAAGCAAGUCUUAAAAGAAGGCAUUGCCCAGACCGUGUUCCUGGGCUUGAAUCGCUCAGACUACAUGUUCCAGUGCAAUCCGGAUGGCUCCGCAGCCCUGAAACAGAUUGAAAUCAACACCAUCUCUGCCAGCUUUGGGGGCCUAGCCUCCCGGACCCCAGCUGUGCAUCGACAUGUUCUCAGUGUCCUGGGUAAGACCAAAGAAGCUGCCAAGAUCCUCUCCAAUAAUCCCAGCAAGGGACUGGCCAUGGGGAUUGCCAAAGCCUGGGAGCUCUACGGCUCAGCCAAUGCUCAGGUGCUACUGAUUGCUCAAGAGAAGGAAAGGAACAUAUUUGACCAGCGUGCCAUAGAGAAUGAGCUACUGGCCAGGAAUAUCCAUGUAAUCCGACGAAGGUUCGAAGAUGUCUCUGAAAAGGGGUCUCUAGACCAAGACCGAAGACUAUUUAUGGACGGCCAGGAGGUUGCUGUGGUUUACUUCCGGGAUGGCUACAUGCCAGGCCAUUACAGCCUACAGAACUGGGAAGCACGCCUGCUCCUGGAGAGGUCAUGUGCUGUCAAGUGCCCGGACAUUGCCACCCAGCUGGCCGGGACCAAGAAGGUGCAGCAGGAGCUAAGCAGAGUGGGCGUGCUGGAGUCCUUGCUCCCAGGGCAGCCUGAGGCUGUGGCCCGCCUCCGUGCCACCUUUGCUGGCCUCUACUCACUAGACCUGGGUGAAGAAGGGGACCAGGCUAUCACCAAGGCCAUUGCUGCCCCUAGCUGCUUCGUGCUAAAGCCUCAAAGAGAGGGUGGAGGUAACAACCUAUACGGGGAGGAGAUGGUACAAGCCCUGGAGCGGCUGAAGGACAGUGAGGAGAGAGCCUCCUACAUCCUCAUGGAGAAGAUUGAACCCGAACCUUUUAGGAAUUGUCUACUACGACCCGGCAGCCCUGCUCGAGUGAUCCAAUGCAUUUCAGAGCUGGGCAUCUUCGGGGUCUAUGUCAGGGAGGGAAAGACACUUGUGAUGAACAAGCACGUGGGACAUCUGCUUCGAACCAAAGCCAUCGAGCACGCAGAUGGCGGUGUGGCGGCUGGAGUGGCAGUCCUGGACAACCCGUACCCUGUGUGAGGGCACAGCCAGGCCCACCCGACUGCACUGCAAAGAACUUCCACCCUUUACGGUCAUUUCUCGCCUGCCCUCCCAUUACCUUGUGAAGGCUGCUCUCUUCUAGAGAUUUCCAGGGUCUUCAUGGAAGGGCAGAUGCUGGGCACUUUCCCCCCUCUCCCCCUCCCCGCCCCCAGCUUUCCCUUCUGAGAACCAGAAAAGCUGUGUUUCCCUUAGGUGUGAUCUAGAGGCCCCUAAAUCCUCAGGGUGUGGAUACAGCUGAAAGGAAGCUGAUUUGAGGUCAGGGUCCAUAACCUUGCCACCCUCGUGUUAGCCUCUUGUCAGCCUUUCCAGCAGGUUCUGGACCUGGGCUAGGACUGAGGGGUAGGAGGAAAAGGGUAGGGGCACAGCCUUUCCCCACCUCUGCCUUAAAUAAAACUACUUGGCUGAUUCUGUGAUUUAUUUCUUUGCACAUUUAGGGGAGGGAGAAGCUAUAAUCCUAGUCAGCCCACUUCAGAUAGAUUGGAGCAGGGGAAGGAACUCGGCUAUAAUCAGUCUCCCUAGCUCCAGAUCCUAUGGAUAGGACCCUGAAAUUUCAGUCCUUAGUCACUCACUAAUGCUCCCACAGGAUCACAGGGAAGAGAGACGGUCUCUAGCAGAGAGAGCAACCAUGAUCAAGCAUUACAGUUAUGAUGUGGCUUUAGUUGCUUUCCUACUUAGCUCAAGAACUUGUCAAAGGGCCUGGAAGCCCUGGUGAAAAUGAAAGUGUAGGUUGCUUAGUCAUGUCUGACUCUUUGCGACCCCAUGGACUGUCAGGCUCCUCUGUCCAUGGGAUUCUCCAGGCAAGAAUACUGGGUUGCCAUUCCCUUCCCCAGGGGACCUUCCCGACCCAGGGAUUGAACCUGGGUCUCCAGCAUUGCCCUGCCUAGCGCUGCCUAGACCCAAAAUUCUGGAAGGAAUGUUGGGAUAUUCCUGAGGAAAAUCACUCCCCUUCCCAUCCCCCACACAAAUCAGAGCAGCCAGUAAGUAUAUACUGUGUAAGACACUGAGAAAGCAAGUCACCACCUUCAUGAAGUCACAGACUUUAUUCCUACAACCACAGGGCCUGAGUACAACUUCGGUAGGAAAAAAGAGCUUCAUCUGAGAACAUCUCUCAUGGGCAAGACUGUUCAGGGGGGCUGGGAACAGAGGACAAGAAAAGCGAGCUCCUCUGGUCCUGGCAGCAUAAUACAGGUAUUCCUUCAAAGACACAAAUGAUCUGAAAGCCCUCCGGAAACUGAGGCUGCCUGCAGAGCCCCUGGAACAGAUGGCAGACAGGCACUGCCAUCUGGUACAAAAGGGAAUUCAGACCCACAAGAGAAGCAACAAAACGUUUUAAAAAAUAAUCAUUCUUUCAGGACUCACAAACAGGCAUUUCUCGGGGCAAGUGCAUGCCCAAGAUAAGUACUGGUGCUUCCUGAGAGAGAUGACAUAGGAUUAGAGUUGCUUCCCUGUUUCAGUCCAUGCCCUCAUUUGCCCACUGAACACUUGGGUUUGGGACAUGACCUUCAGGUCCCUUCAGGGCUCCAAGGGCUCUUUGCAGUCUAGGGGCACAGCCUGAGGCUGACCUGGGCCCUCUCGCAUCUGCCUGGCGGUCGCAGGAAGUUGCCUCCACCCAGAAGCAAAGAUGGUCCUCGGUCCCAGACAGCUGGACAAGGGAAGUGUUGUGGGUCAGCACUGGCCCUCAGCACUCCUGGAUGGGGGCAGGGAGGGUGGGCAAAACUUUGGAAAGCCAAGCAGGGGGUAAUCCUGGGUUCCAGGCAGGGUCUUAUUCAUUGGAUGGUCAAGCAGCGGUGGCUGAAGAGCUGGGUGAUGAUGGAUGGGUCGACUACAGUGGACGUGUCCCCCAGGUCGUGGUCAUUCUGAGCGAUCUUCCGAAGCACCCGCCUCAUGAUUUUCCCUGGGGGUCCACAUGCUUCUGGUUACCUGGUGACAACACACUGACCCACUCCGGCCCUGCCAAAAGCUUCCAUCCACGCAUACUCACCACCAGUGGGCCUUGGCCCAUCCAAUCCCAAUCCCUAGAGGCCUCUGAACAUACCUGAGCGAGUUUUAGGCAAUCCAGGUGCAUUCUGGAUGUAAUCCGGUGUGGCAAUGGGGCCAAUCUUUUCUCUAACUGUAACCAACAAAUCAUUACACAUUUUUCCAGUACCCUUAGCCAGGCUGCCCAAAACCAAGGCAGAGAUGGCUUUGUUCCCAACCUAAUCAUUCUCAGGCUCACUUUUUGUCUUUCUCUCUUUUUAACACAUUGUCUCUUUACUUUCUCAUUGUAUAUUAAUUCACCCUCAUGGAACUCAAGCUCUAGAAUCAGCCUGCUAGAGUUGAAAUUCACUUUACUUGCAGUGUGGCCUCGAACAAGUGAUUUAUUCCUAAAUUCUCUGAGCCUCAAUUUCUUCAUCUUUAGAAGGAGAGUAACAAUAGGAUCUAUUUCAUGGAGGUGUGUGCUCUCAGUUGUUCAGUUGUGUCCAGCUCUUUGUGACCCCAUGGACUGUAGCCCACCAGGCUCCUCUGUUCAUGGAGUUUUCCAGGCAAGAAUACUGGAGUGGGUUGCCAUUUCCUACUCCAGGGGAUCUUCGUGACCCAGGGAUUGAACCCAUGUCUUCUGCAUCUCCUGCAUUGGCAGGCAGAUUCUUUACCACUGUGCCACCUGGGAAGCUUCAUGGAGGUGACUAGAGAUUAAAUGUAUUAAUGCAUUUAAAAUGCUUAGUUCAGUGGCACAAAGAAAGAAUUCUACAAAUGUCAAUCAUUAUUAACAUGAUGGAGACUGAGUGGGAAGAGGGCAGUCAGCCCCUGGGAUCAGUUUGUGGUUUGAGAAACUAGCUCACUACAGCCCCUCCCCACAACCUGCUGUGGUGACUGGGCCAUCAGGACAGACCUGGCAAUCCCUGCCCAGGGAAGCUCCUUACUCUGCUUCUUGAGCUCCUCAGUAAGAGCUGGGCUGAAGAUGUGGCCAUCGCACAAGGUGACAAAACAGUAGAGGCAUUCGCCCUUCACAGGAUGAGGGUGGCCAACCACGGCUGCCUCUGCAACAGCCUUGUGUUCCACGAGUGCUGACUCCACCUCUGCCGUGCUCAGCAGGUGUCCUUGGCAAGGGAAAGGAAGUGGCCAUGAGAGAGACCCCAGCCCCUGUUCCAUCUGUCCCAAUAAGGCAGUCCCGGUCUGGUCAAACAGGGACAGCCUUUCAUUCAUUCCUCAAGGGACAUUGUUGCCCACCAUCCUGGUUCCCCUCCUCCCAGUGUUUAUUACUCUUCAGUGUUUAUUACUUCAGCCCAGAAAUGAACGCUGCACUCCAGGUGUGGUCUGGCUCUCUUAGAAGGCUUUGGCUGCAAGUUGCUGGGCGAGCAGGGUUAAUGAGAAGGGAAGAUGGUCCCUGGCCCUCACCAGAUACGUUCAGCAUGUCAUCGAUCCUGCCGGUGAUCCAGUAAUAGCCAUCCUUGUCCCGCCGGCAGCCUGGGAGGGGAAAAUAAAUACACCACAGUAGGAUACCGCAGCGAUCCGCAUCACCAAACUGCUGUACCCACGGCAACAGCCUCCUAACAAGUCUUCCUGCUGUGCUAGCCAGGCUCCAAGACGGUCACACCAACCUCCAUCUCCUGGUAUCUGUAUCCCUGUGUAGUCCUUUAUCUCACUGUACUAGGGUUUGUCUCCUGAGCAAUCACAUUUGGCAGAGAUGAUAGAAUGUCAUUUCUGAGAUAAGAUUAUAGAAGACACUGUGGCUUCUAUCUUGGUUGCAUUCUCUCUGAUUAUUUGCUCUGGGGUCAGCCAGCUGUCAUGUCAUGAGUAGCCCUAUGGAGAGGUCCAUGUGGCAAGGAACUGAAGGUUCCUGCCAACAGCCACAUAAGUGAGCUUAGGAGUGGGUCCUCCAGGCUCAGUCAGACCUUUAGAUGACUGCAGCCCCAACCACAGGUUGACUGCAACCCACAAGAAAUUCUGAAUAAGAACCACCAGCAAAGCCACUCACAGAAUCCUGAUCCUCAGAAACUAUGAGAUAAUUAUUGUUGUUUUUAGCUGCCAGGUUUGGAGUUAAUUUGUUCCAUGGCAAUAGAUAACUAAUAUACUGACCUAAAGUCUAUUCUCCAUAAAACAAGCAAAGUUAUUUUCUAAAUAAUAUAUAAAUUAUAAUCACUUCUCUGCUUAAAAAGCCUGAUGGUCUCCCACCAUACACUGGAUAAAAUCCAGAUUCCUCACCAUAGCUCACAAGGCCCUGUAUUAUCUCCCUUUCCAACUUGAUACAACAUUCUUGCUGUUGCUCACUACAUUCCAGCUACACAAGCUUCAGUCUGUUCAUCAGACAUUGCAUGCUUAUGUCUCUCUGGUACAGAACAUUCAGUUUUACUCCAGAUAUUCCCAUACCUGGCUGCUUCUUUAGGUCUCUGGUCAAAUAACACUUCAAAGAAACGUCUCACCAUCCCAUGUAUGGUGGCUGUCCCUGCAGUAUUUAUUUGCUGAAUUUAUUGCCUGUCUCUCCUCACUAGAGAGGAUGUAAUGUAAACCCCAUGAGAGCAGAGACCUUGCCCACCUUAUUCAUGGUAACAUCUCCUGUGCUUAGAUAAGUAGUACAUGCUCAAUAAAUAUUUAUGGAAGAAUGGAUUGGUGGAUGGACACAUGGGCAAACAUAGGCUCCAGACAUGGGGACGCACAUGACAUGGUAAUACAUACUGCCAUGUGCUGCCUCUCUUUCAGCCCAGCAGUGAUGGAAACAAGAACAUUUUCUCUCAUACAUCAAAUCUCAGCACCAUGCUGAGAGCCUUUCUGCAACACUCAUUCCUGUUCCUGUGGUCUUCUCUGUAUCUCUGACUGGAUAUUACACAUUGAUACAUAAGACACAUCCCUAACCAACUCUUCUUGAAAAUGAAAGGGGAUGGUACAUGUCUUAGUGGGAGGUGUGGGAAAGGGAUAGCCAAGGCUCACCAUCUCCUGUCACGUAGUACCCGGGGAACUUCUUAAAGUAGGUGGUCUCAAAGCGUUCGUGGUUCCCAUAGACCGUGCGCAUGAUCCCUGGCCAGGGCUGCUUGAACACCUGGAGGAUGAGGAAGUGGUAACCAUCUGCUACACUGUCUCACAGGAAGACAGUUACGUCUUUGCCAAACCUUAGAAGAAAUAGCCUGAAUGCCAUUCCCAAGAAGUAGAACAAAGUAUAUGCUUUGGAGACAGAUAAUCUAGGCUUGGAAUCCUAACUCUGCCACUUACUAACUGUGUGGCCUCAGGUAAGUAACUUGAGGUCUUUGAGUUUCAGGAUCCUUAUCUGUAAAUCAGAGAAAAUAAUUUCUACCUGCCAAAGUUAUUUUGAGGAUUAAAUUAAUAGUAUGUGGAAGCUGCCUAGCACAUGCUCUGUUAGUAAUAAGCAUUUAGUAAAUUUCAGUCUCUUUUUUUAAAAAAAAUUAUUUUUAUUUAUUUGGCUCCGCUGGAUCUUAGUUGUGGCAUGCGGGAUGUAGCUCCCCAACCGGGGAUUGAACCCAGCCCCCAGCAUUGGGAAUGUGGAGUCUUAGCUGCUGGACCAUAAGGGAAGUACCUUGAGUCUCCUUUUAGGUAAUCCCUCAGGGAUGCAGGUACAAUUUGAUACAAAUGAAAGCAGUUACAUAAAAAUGUGGGACCCACACAUAAGUAAGUAAUUAUUGCCCCAAUCAGUAAUGUCCUGUGGCAGCAGAUUGGUGGGAUGGACAGAACUCUAUUCUAAGACUCAGAGGACCUGGAUUCAAGUCUUGCCCAUGUUACUAACUUGCUCUUUUAAAAGUGUGUUAGUCACUCAGUCAUGUCCGACUCUUUGGGACCCCAGGAACUGUAGUCUGACAGGCUCCUCUGUCCAUGGGAUUCUCCAGGCAAGAAUACUGGAUUGGGUAGUCAUUCCAUUCUCCAGAGGAUCUUCCCCACCCAGGGAUCGAACCCAGGUCUCCUGCAUUGCAGGCAGAUUCUUCACCGUCUGAGCUACCAGGGAAGCUUGCUCUUAGUAAAAACAAAGUGGGUUGGAGGGUGAGGGUGCUAAUGAUCUCCCUACAACUACUAAAUGAUCACAACAGCUUACAUUUAUCAAGCACCAACUCUUAGGUUCUGUGCUAAAUAAACCCUUCACAUGAAUCAUCUAAUCAAUCCAGCAACCACAGGGGAUAAAGAUACUGCUGCUAUUGCUGUUUAGUUGCUAAGUCGUGUCCGACUCUUUUUUGCGAUCCCAGGGACUACAGCCCUCCAGGCUUCUCUGUCUAUGGGAUUUCCCAGGCAAGAGUACUGCAGUGAGUUGUCAUUUCCUUCUCCAGACAAAGGUACUAUUGUAACUCUUUUACAAAUGAGAAUAUUUAUGUUCAGAGGGGUUAGGUAACUUAUCUAGAGUCACACAAGAGGCAGAGCCAGGUUUGCACCCAGGCAGGUUGACUCUGGAGCCUAUACGAUUUUCCACAAUGUCUUUGAGACCCAAAAAGGCACCAUCAGGUAUCUUUGAGUAAGCCCUUAAGAGUCUUGUGGGCCAAAAGGCCUAGAGGCAGGCAAAAUAUCCAGAAGGAUUGCCCCACUAGGGUCUCUCUGCAGAGGAUAAACCCUCAACCAGGGAGCUUUAGCCAAAAGCAGCUACCAGGAAAGGUUAGGUUCUAAACUCUAAAGGAAAGCACACUGUGCCCUUUUGUGGACCAUCCUCCCCUCCCCCUCAUCAAAGACCCACAAGGGCCAGGAUCUCACCAGAUAGCCUUCAGCUUCACCUUCCAACUCUUCCCCAGACUCAUUCAGGAUCGCAGGAGCUACCCCGAAGAAUGGGAAGGUCUAGAAGCAAACAGGAGACAGGACUCACAAGGAGGAAUGAGACAACUCUGACUCAACUCUCUACCUCUAGGGAGCCCCAGAGCCCCAGAUUCCCCACACCUAUCAGUCCAGCCCCCCACCCUCUACCUAGGCUGAAUGCCCCAAGACUCUCCCCAGCCUAGCCCAGGACCAGCCAGGGGAGCCUCACUCACAGCAGAACCAGGCUUCAUGGGUAUGGCCCCAGGGAGUGGGGUCAGCAUAUGGCCACCCUGUGGAAGUCAGAGACCAGGGGUUUGAGUCACUCUUCGCACACUGUGCCUGAGCCCCAGCCUUCUGAACCUGUUACUCACUGUCUCUGUCUGCCAGAAGGUGUCCACAAUGGGGCAGCGCUGCGCACCUACCACCUGGUGGUACCAGAGCCAGGCCUCAGGGUUGAUAGGUUCGCCCACAGUUCCUAGCACCUGUAAGGACGCCCGGCUGUGCCUUGGGCAGGACAGUGGGGAGAAAGGGAGGCUCUGAGCACCACUAGGAACCAGGAAGACAUGCACAGGCUCUUCUUCCCCCUCCCCUAUUCCAAGCCAGGGUGUUAGAAUAAUGGGAUGGAAAGGACUGUGCAAAGGCCAGCAGCAGCUCUGAGGGACACUCAAGGGGCAGCAGCCAGAGAGGGGUCUCACUUGGUAACAGGCUCAUCUCCAAACUUCAUGAGCAGACGGAUGGCUGUAGGUGCUGUGUAGAACUUGGUCACCUUGUACUUCUCCACGAUAUUCCAUAGGCGGCUCACAUCCGGGUAUGUGGGAAUCCCCUCAAAC